AUUUUGACGUAGAAGGAAGUGCUGCUCUAGUUUUCUGUUUGUGUGGCGGUGAGAGAGCAUUGGGCGCAGGGGUUUUUGCACUUUCCGAUAAAUUCACACUCUUUCGAUUUUUGCUGGAAUUAUAUUUUCCAGACAAACGGGAUUUGUUUUGUAAAUGACAAUCAUGUGAUGCACAGAUUCAUGCUGCUGUCCAGUUGUAACUACAAACCCACCCGGAAGACUGGGGAUUUGAGUCGCUUCGAUUAGACUGGGGACAACUGGAAAGCAAAUAUCGAGGGUUGACUAUUUUAGUUUUCUUUACAAAUCGCGAAAAGUCCAGUCAAUUGAAACUGUUAUUGAAUAAUAUUGCAUUCAUUUGAUUGGUCGACUGACAAGCUAGAUUUCUCUGGCCGACUGUUGAUGUUCUCAAUUGUAGCCUAACAUUCAACUUGUUACAUUGUACAUCUCAUAUAGUUACAAUAGUAUGAAACAGUAGCGCCGCUACUCGGGAUUUCUGCUAAGGUAGAACCUCUGGAGUCUACUGUAAACUGUUCAAUAGAACAUCAUUGAUGGACAUAGUUAUUUCUGCUUUACAUCCGGUUUGAAAGAAGGAACUUUUUUUCUAUGGCAGGAACAUAUAAUUCUGUCCCUUUCAUUGGUUAUUGAUCCAAAAGUUGACUGUCAAUAAGCAUACGAAGGCACUGGUCAAUUCACAUUCUCUGACUAGGCUACACCACAUUAUUGAAAGGCAAGUGCAGCUCACUAGAACUUUGCGCAGCACCUUUGGCACUUCCCAUGAUUUGCUGUGACCUAGUAGACUAGAUAACAGAGAGAGAACAUGGAAGAUGAGAUGUUUGAGCAGCUCAUGUAUGUCCUGAACCAACUGGUGACAUGGAUCGCUGCGGGGGCUAUGGUGUUUGGUGGAGUGGUGCCUUACAUCCCCCAGUACAGGGACAUCAGACGGACACAGAACGCAGAGGGAUUUUCCACCUAUGUCUGCCUCGUCCUACUGGUGGCCAAUAUUCUGCGUAUACUGUUCAGGUUUGGGCGUUACUUUGAGACGCCACUCCUGUGGCAGAGCAUUGUCAUGAUCGCCACCAUGUUGAUCAUGCUCGACCUGUGUACCAACGUCCGCGUGGCCACCGAACUCCAGACUAAGCGACGUUCAUUCACAGCAACAGACAGUAAGGACGAGGAGAUCAAAGUCCCUAAGAAGUUCUUUCUGGACUUUGACUGGAGCCACUUCUGGUCGUGGAGUCGUUUCGUGGACUACCUGCAGUGUGUGGUGGCGUUCACCCUGUCGGCGGCCUACGUCACCUACCUGCUGCUGGACUCGUCUGUGUUCGUAGAGAGCCUGGGCUUCCUGGCUGUCUUCACUGAGGCCAUGCUGGGGAUGCCACAGCUCUACUGCAACUACCAGAACAAGAGUACUGAGGGGAUGAGUAUAAAAAUGGUGAUGAUGUGGACGAGUGGGGACACCUUUAAGACGGGUUACUUCCUGCUGACCGAGGCUCCUGUCCAGUUCUGGACCUGUGGUCUGCUGCAGGUGGGAGUGGACGUUGCCAUUCUAUUCCAGGUGUACUACUACAGCCGCUACCCGCAGAAACCCGUGUCACACACCGUGUCACACACAACCAGCACCAAGGCACUCUGAGACCCCCUAACACACACACACACACACACACACACAUCGUUACCAAUCGGUCAUGAGCACACAAACUAGUUAGAGUUACUUUGCCUGAAGAACGUUGCUGAAUGACACUUGUUCCAUUUCUUUUCAAAACAGAUAGGACCUCCAGUUAUAUAUGUAUUUGUUUGUAUGUUGUGCAGAUGGUUAUACAAGUAUAUCCCAAGAAUAUAUCCCUGUAUAUGAAUAUACCUGAGCAUACACACACAAUCUUAUGCACAUGCAUCAGUCUACAUUGCAGUCAUAUGCACUGUGUAUGGAUGGACGCUCAAGGAAAUGUGGACCAGCUUUCCUGUCCAUAGAUCUGAUGAUUGUUGCAUGAAAAACCUUAAAAGACUUUCACAAAGGGCUGGUUACUCAGCCAGUGAUCACAAUGUACAACGGCUCAUCGAAGUAACUAACAGAAACCUUACUGAAUGUACAAUGGAAUUAUUAUUUUUGGGGAAAUUAGAUUCUACAUUUAAUUUAGAUAGCUCUUUGUUCUAUGUUCUCCACGGGUCUGGUCUGUCUGAUCUCUUAGGCCUCUUCUGGUCUGGUUGGAAGACCUCCUGCUGCUGCUGCUGCUUGGAAAAUUCACAAGAUUAAUUCAACUGGAAGCAACAGCAGUUUUACCAAAAAUGAAAAAGGCGGUCUGGGCCAGAGGCCUGGUUCCUGGGAGCCCAACACGUUUCCUUCAGAUGACUCUGAGGUAAAGCUUAAGGACUCAGUGGUUCAGUGGACAACUGUGUUGCUGGUAUUACGGACAGUAAGGGAGUCAGUGGAGAGAGGGAGGUAGGACAUUGUGUGAAACAAAUAUUAUGUUUAUGUUACUGUUUUCAUUUAAAGGAGUAGCAGCCAUGUUUGUAGGCCAGGGAACUGGAUGGACCUUCUGUGUUUUUUAUGGUAAACAACAACAACGCAUCGGGAAGGACAUUAAGUACAAAGCUCCUGUCUUUAGCACUGUUUAUACCUGGUUCUAACAUGCAUCCUUUCUCCUGUCCACAUUCUGAUCGUGCCCGCAUUUUCAGACAGGUGUAGACGAUUUAAAGACACAUAUGUACCAUGUGUAGACAUAUUUCUGGAAAUAUGGGCACAAUCAGAAUGUGGACAAGAUCAGGACAAAGGUCGCAUGUUAGCGCCAGGUAUAAACAAGGCUUCUGAGGACCUAGUGACAGUCUGUUUGCUGGUCUAUGGACAACUCAACUCAUCUCCCUGCUCCUCUCAGCCUCAAGCACCCCUAGAAACCUUUUAUUUGUUUAAAUAGGACCUUUAGAAUUUUAUAUGAAUAUUUCUUUCUUUAGCUUUCUUCAAAUGUUUUAGAUGUGUGCUUUGGGUGGAGACGUGGGAACAGUGGUUGAAUCUGGAAUCGGUCGGGCGUGGACAAAUCUUAUCCUGCCGAGGGCUGGUGUGGGUGCAGGGUUUUGUUCAAGCCAAGUAGUAGGCAUGUCCAGACUCAACCUCUUGAAGUGUUUGACCACAUGGUAAGUUGAAUCUCUCUGGGUGUAACCAAGACGAUACCAGCACUACAGCUGUUAUAUUCACUUCUGAACUGCUGGCUAAAACGUAGUUGGUGGUUGCGUCCAAAAUGGCGUCCUAUUCCCUGUUUAUUACACUACUUUUGACCAAGUAGUGCACUCUAUAGGGAAUAGGGUGCCAUUUCAGACGCAGAUAAAAAUGUUUUAUGCUGGAUACUCUGGGAAAUGUUAUUUUAAUCACUGGCGAUGUGGAAUAUUUGUUUUGUUAUGCUAUCCAUCUUUUUAUAAUCCUGAAACGCUUGUAUAAUCACAAACCUUGUACACUUGCCCUUUAUCCAGCUCUUUUUUACAAUGAUGAGGACGGUGACGCAUGUCACAUGGUGACCGUUGUUGUCAUUGUAUGAAGAAGUUGUGCACCUAGUAAACUCUGGUUGUGUAGUAUCAACCGGGCCAAAAUUACUCACUGUUUCUGAUGUUAAGUUGUAUCAUUUUGGUGGUUGUUCAGUUUUAGUUGUUCAUGGGUAAAACUGCAAAACUAUUCCUCUGUUUAUGUAGAUGCUGAUCAAACAAUGCCAAUCCUUGUGAUUUUUGAAUAUUUUUUUACAUAGUUUUAGGUCAGGAUUCAAUCUAAGUUGCGUUAUAGAACACUGCACGGGACUGCCGACAAUGCCACUUUUAAAUGCAAUUUACACCAAAGCCGGCUUUCGCCGUAUCCAUACCAUGAAUUCGAUCUCUGCGAACGCGGGGGUAAUUGCCUUUUAAAAAGCGCAUUGUCGGCAGUCCAGUGCACUGCUUUGUAAGGCACCUUGGACUGAAUCACAGCCUCAGUUUAUGUACCCCAAUUUUUUUUAUGGUUAUCAAACCAUUUGUGUUAUACAUUUUUUGGCCAUUUUUAUAUUUGAUGACCUUUUAUUACCACGUUGUGUCUUUUGUUGUUUUUCUACACAGUACAUUACCACAUUUCUUUCCAUGGAAUGGCCAGUUCUUUCUAUAGAAUUGCCAGUUCAUCGUCAAUAGACAAUUUAAUUCAACCUCUGCCUGGUAUGCUGUUACUUGUUGCCAGUAUUCAUGAAAGCUCUGUGGCGCUGUCAUUAAAGGCCAAAAUGAGAAUUUC